CAUCAGUUCAGUCCAAAAAUAAAGUUAAGUCGGCCAUCUUCGUCUUCUUCAUACCAUAAAAUCACUCUUCUGCGGCCUCGGAUCUGCAAAACUUUACGGCGGACCACGGUAUCCUCCAUUUGUCUCUCUACUCUCACUCCUCCCUCUCUCUCUAGAUAUAUAUAGCAUAUAUAGAUAGAUACAUACCCAUACUCUGAUACUCAAUCGGAUCUCUGAUUCUGUAAAGUAGUAGCCCUACAUCGAAUUCGAAUAGUAUCUUAGUUGACGAUGGCUUCCCCUGGAAACCCUAACCACGUAGUGGGAGGAAGCCCAUUCGACAUGACCAAGUUCUUCAACCCCUCUCCAACUCCAAACCCUAUUUUGCAAAACCCUAAUAACACCUCCAAUUUACCCUCUUCUUAUCCUCCACCCCCACCUGCUUCUUAUCCUCCACCCACUGGCCCUUACUCCUACUCUCCUCAACUUCCCCAGUUUAACAAUAAUAAUAAUAACCACCUUCAACAAUACCCUCCUCCGCCUCCUUUCACUAACUUGCACCACCAGAGAUCUGUCCCUUAUUCUCCACCACCACUUCAACCCCCUCCUGUUCAGAACCCUAAUGCUGGGGCCAAACUCAUGGCUUUACUGGGUGCCCCACCGUCGAAUCUUGAAAAACCGCAACAACCCGCGGUGCCUAUGGUUCUGAAUCCACCUUUCUCGUACGGGUCUUCGGAAUUCUCGAUGCCCCCGAAUGUUCCGGUAUUGCCCUCGAUGUCGAAUCUCAAUUUGGCCAUGAAUAUGCAUCCGGGUCCCAUGCGAAUGCCAAGUAGCAAACUGCCAAAGGGGCGCCAUUUGGUUGGCGACCACGUGGUGUAUGAUAUUGACUCGAGAUUGGAAGGUGAGUUGCAGCCGCAACUCGAGGUUACUCCUAUAACAAAGUAUGUCUCGGAUCCUGGACUUUUGUUGGGUCAUCAAAUUGCGGUCAAUAAGACGUAUAUAUGCUAUGGACUGAAGAUGGGCAAUGUCCGUGUCCUUAACAUAAACACCGCCUUGAGAUCGUUGCUUAAAGGUCUAGCUCAGAGGGUCACGGACAUGGCUUUCUUUGCUGAGGAUGUUCACCUUUUGGCUAGUGCGAGCGAAAAUGGGCGGGUUUAUGUAUGGAAGAUUACUGAAGGUCCAGAUGAAGAAGAUAAGCCACAGAUUACAGGAAAGUUAGUAAUUGCUAUUCAGAUAGUAGGAGAAGGGAAAUCUGUUCAUCCACAAGUUUGUUGGCAUUGCCACAAACAAGAAGUUCUGGUUGUUGGGAUUGGACGUUGCGUUCUGAGAAUCGACACUACAAAAGUUGGAAAAGGUGAAGUAUGCUCGGCGGAGGAUCCUCUAAUAUGUGAUGUUGGUAAUUUGAUUGAUGGGGUCCAGCAUGUUGGUAAACACGAGGGAGAAGUGACGGAUUUGUCUAUGUGCCAAUGGAUGACUACCCGUUUGGUUUCUGCUUCAACUGAUGGCACGAUAAAAAUCUGGGAGGACCGCAGACAGCAACCACUUGUGGUUCUGAGGCCACACGACGGUCAGCCUGUUAAUUCUGUUACAUUCUUGACUGCCCCUCAUCGCCCAGAUCACAUUGUUCUCGUAACAGGGGGUCCAAUGAAUCGGGAAGUGAAGAUAUGGACCUUAUCAAGUGAAGAAGGCUGGCUGCUCCCUAGUGAUGCUGAGGCAUGGCAUUGUACCCAGACAUUGGACUUGAAGAGUUCAGCUGAAUCUCGAAUUGAAGAGUCCUUCUUUAAUCAAGUUGUGGCCCUGUCUCAAGCAGGUCUCCUCUUAUUAGCAAAUGCCAAGAAGAAUGCUAUAUAUGCUGUACACUUAGAGUAUGGUCCCAAUCCGGCCACAACACGAAUGGAUUACAUUGCUGAGUUCACUGUAACCAUGCCGAUUUUAAGUUUUACGGGGACCAGUGAUUUAUUACCUCAGGGCGAACAGAAUGUUCAGGUUUAUUGUGUACAGACACAGGCUAUUCAGCAGUAUGCUUUGGACUUAUCCCAGUGCUUGCCGCCCCCUCUGGAAAAUAUGGUGUUAGAGAAAUCAGAUGCAAUUGUGUUGCAUGAGGCAACUAGCACUGAAGGAUUUCCUACUCUGGAACCUUCUGUAAGUAAACUUACCGAGAUUCCUUUAGCUAGUUCAGCACCCAAACUAUCCAUUCAUGACAGUGGCUAUGAGAAUGCACCUAUGAUGAGACAUAUACCUAGCUGUGGUUCAAUGGAUGCCACCACCUCUGUGGACUUUGUUACUUCAAGUUUGGAAUGUAGUCCUAUAGCUUUGCCAACUGUAGCCAGCAAUAUUGAUAUUUCUUGUGUUGCAUCGCCUCCUUUACCUUUGAGUCCGAGGUUGUCUAAAAACCUCUCCGGUUUGAGAAGUCCAAAAACUGGCUUUGAGCCAGGUCCUGUGGUUGAUGAUCGUGGUGGAGAUCAACACAUUGUGGAAUAUUCAGUUGAUAGGCAAAUGGAUACAGUUCUUUCAAACUUGUCUGAUGUCCCUUCAUUGGAUGAUGAUACAAAAAAUGACGAAAACAAGCUUGUACGAGAUGAUGUUUCUGCUAUUAUCAAUCAGCCUAUGAAGUUCAAGCACCCAACUCAUCUGGUUACUCCGUCGGAAAUAUUGAUGGCUACUUCAUCUUCUGAAACUGACUAUGUUACUGUACUGAAGAGUGAGGGAGAAGCAAACAUUCAAGAUGUGGUUGCCCAUAGUGAUAUGCCCAAUGUUGAGGUGGAUGUUAAGGUUGUGGGUGAAACCGGAUUUAAUCAGAAUAAUCAAACUGGCUCUCAGGGAGAACCUCCCAACCCUGUUCCAGGAAAUAAAGACAGAGCAUUUUACUCGCAGGCCUCUGAUCUUGGCAUUGAGAUGGCCAAGGAAUGUUGUGCAUUGUCAUUUGACACUUAUAACGUAGAGGAAUCCCGACAACUUGCUGUUGCUACUGUAGCUCAACCUUCAAAUGCCGAGGACGACAUCCUUGAAUCCGGUAAGGAUAUAACGGCAAAAGAUGUCGGUUCAGCCAUACCUGCAGCAGUUCCACAACAGGUGGCACCAACUACGAAAGGGAAAAAGCAGAAGGGUAAGAGCGCUCAAGGAUCGGGUCCAUCGUCACCAUCUCCUAGUGCUUUCAAUUCAACGGAUUCUUGCAGUGAGCCUGUUGUUAGUUCAAGCAUUCCUUCUGAGCAAGCUGUCUUUACACAAAUUAUGAAAAUGCAGGAAACGCUUAAUCAGUUAAAGACCAUGCAAAAAGAAGCGCAGAAGCAGGUGACAAUGAUGGUCUCUGAUUCAGUUUCUAAAGAAGGUAGAAGACUGGAGACCUCCCUAGGGAAGAACAUGGAGAAAGCUGUCAAGGCCAAUUGUGAUGCAUUAUGGGCUCGUUUUCAAGAAGAGAAAGCGAAAGAGGAGAAAUCAGUACGAGAGCGUACACAACAAAUAACAGGUUUGAUCACUAACUGCAUAAACAAGGACUUGCCUGCUUUGGUGGAGAAAACAGUGAAGAAGGAAUUAAGUGGGGUUGGACCAAACAUAGCUCGCACAAUUCCUCCCAUUAUUGAAAAAACAGCAUCUUCAUCUAUUGCAGAGGCAUUCCAGAGAGGAGUUGGCGACAAGGCAGUCAAUCAACUGGAGAAAUCAGUAAAUUCGAAGCUUGAAGCUGCUGUUGCCAGGCAGAUCCAAGCUCAAUUCCAAACUUCUGGAAAGCAAGCUCUUCAGGACUCUUUGAAGAAUAGUUUGGAAGCUUCAGUGAUCCCCGCCUUUGAAAUGUCAUGCAAAGCCAUGUUUGAGCAAGUUGAUGCUACCUUCCAGAAAGGAAUGGUUGAACAUACAACUGCAGCUCAGCAGCAGUUCGACUCCACUCUCUCUCCACUGGCACUCGCUUUAAGGGACACCAUUACUUCAGCAUCGUCUCUGACUCAAACGUUAAGUGGGGAAUUGGCUGAUGGUCAAAGGAAGUUGUUAGCUCUUGCCGCAACUUCGAAGGUGGUUAAUCCAUUGGUUUCCCAACUGAGCAAUGGACUUUUGGGUGGUCUCCAUGACAAGAUUGAGGCACCUUGGGAUCCAACCACAGAGUUAUCUAGAUUGAUAUCUGAACACAAAUAUGAGGAAGCUUUCAACGUAGCACUGCAAAGAAGUGAUGUUUCUAUUGUGUCUUGGUUAUGCUCUCAGGUUGAUUUACCGAGGAUAUUGUUAAUGGCUCCUCUCCCGUUGAGCCAAGGAGUACUGCUAUCACUUCUGCAGCAGAUAGCCUGUGAUAUAAGCAAGGAUAUGUCCCGAAAGUUGACGUGGAUGAGAGACGUGGCGAUUGCUAUAAACCCAGCUGACCCCAUGAUAGCGAUGCAUGUUCGUCCCAUCUUCGAGCAAGUCUAUCAGAUUGUAAACCACCACCAUCGUAACCUUCCCACAAGUUCCAGUGCUGAUCUAUCUAAUAUCCGUCUUGUCUUGCACGUUCUCAACUCCAUGUUGAUGACCUGUAAAUGAUUCUUCGAUGGUUACCCUUAAUGGGGAAAAAAAAAAUAGUAGCGAGUACUAGCCUUUAUUUUUCGUUGAUCCACCAGGAGUACUACGUUGGUAUGUACAAAGUAGUAGGGUUUUUCUUUUUUGAAUCAGGCGUACCGCUGAAAUCUGUAGAGUUGGCUUCUUUUGAAGAUAUCUGCAAGUGAAAAUAGUUGUUCGGAGUUUGUGUAAAAUAGGUGAUCAUUUUGGUUCUUAA